ACGAAUGUUGGUACAGCUGUAACCGCCAUAAAACGUAAAUAUACCGGUAAUAGGCGUGGCGUAGGGGCCUAUGUCAGUUCGCAUACUGUUCUUUGGUCAAAUUGAAUGAAAAUCACAAAUCAUUUAUGGCAGCCCAGUUCUGUGAGGAGCAAAAACAGUUUGAUGCACAUGAUGUAGAACCCGAACUGGCUGAAGGACUGGCAGUGGGGAAUAGGCCUAGGCCUACCCCUCCAAUCAGUCCAACUCCAAAGCCUUUGAGAUUGGAACUAAGGCAUAGCAGUUCAUGGGAGGGUACGGAUGCUGAAAACAUUGGUAUAUAUUACCAUGGUCCAAUGGAUCGUGUGGAGUGGCAAGCGAUACUGAAGCAAAAAAUCAUGUUGACUGGUUAUUGGGCCGAGUUCUAUGAUGAUACUUGGCAGUCGGUGGUCGAAACUUACUGCGACAUGAUGGAUGACAUGUACUGUCAUGAACAUUCAUCUGUUGAGCAAAUACUGGGGAUUUUGGCAAGUAAACCACCUAAACUCCAACUUGUCCCGGGUUCAGACUCCGUCACAACAAAGACACUGCGAGAUGACGAGGAUGAUGAUGAUGAUGAUGAUGAUGAAGGGGAUGUCGAUGGUGGCAGCAGACUUUACUACAGGAUAGCAAAAAAGAUGAAAAAGGAACUGGACUCGGACAUCAAUCUUGACAAAGAGAAGACAUCCUUAAUCAAGAAACAGUGUGAUGCGCUGAAAAAAUCCAUUUCAAAACUGACAAUUAAAAAGGCACACGUCAAAAACCAUAAAGUAGAUAUCAUUUCACGUAUCAUGCAGUUUCUGGAUGAUUUUGGAAAGAUUUUGGUAUUUUGGCUAAAAAAUGGUAUCGCCGCUACUGAGGCAGCGUAUGAACGUGUUUUCCAAACCUUUGCCGCUAUAUUCAAGAUACCAUUCAGCACAGGCCGUGUGUUUGGUGUACGUUCGGUAACCAUAUUUGGAACCGAGGUGGCAUGUGUACCAGAUCUUCUUUAUACAGAGUCCUCCUAUGAUGAGACCUCAAGUAACUGUGUAGUUACAAUUGCAGAGGUGAAACCGGCUUGCAAACACAAGGAAGGAACUCCUGAUGUCAAAUCGAUACGUCCUACAACUGCCACUGCUGCUUCCAAGCCUGCUGCAUCACAUCAGCCUCUGCCAACACCCACUGUUUCAACUUACUUUCCCCUUCCUGAUGGUUUAAAAGGUCAGCAUGCUACACAGCUACUCCUUGAUUUACCUGCUGCCCUACCAGGGCCUAAUGAAGCAAAGAAGUGCAUGUUAGGAUUGAUUGUGCAGGCCACCAAGGUUCGUCUGACUUAUUUUGAGAUCCACUCUGAACAUGUUCACAUACUUCAACAACCAAAGCCAACACAUCUGAGGGGUCACACGUCUUUGAUCCGUUACUCUGAAGCCUACGACAUGUUUGUUAAAGAGGACAGGAAGGAGUUGGUACACAUGAUGCUAGGUUUGGCUGCCAUUGGAAAGGACUGUAUGAAUACACCCUUUAUGAAACACUUGGUUUGAGAUUGAAAGUGAUGCUUGCCCAACAGGGUUGAUGCCUUUUAAAGGCUGAAAGCUCAAAUAAAGAACUUUUUUGACAAUCAUUUCUGACCCAAAUUUAAUAACCUGUCGUUAAGUUCUGAUGACAUAUAGGUUUUAUAAGCCGGUUUAUACGUAUGCAACAAAUAGUAGAAUUAUUAGCCAAAAAACAUUAAAAAGUUAUAAGAGUACACACAAAAGUACAAGUAACAUCACGAUUUGUGUGUGACAUCAUAUUUGGGUCACCGUAGGGGAGUAGUUACAACACUGCAGUAUCUGUCGUUGUCGUCGUCCUCGUUGCCCGUAUCCUGUUUCCAAAACAGUGGCACGUUUCUUAACCGCUUGGGCUAUGAACUUCGUACACUUACCCCCCCAGGUCAGGUGACCUCUGACUCUGGCGUAAAUUGGCCGUUUGAGGGUAACUAUGGCCCGUUUCUGAACCGCUGAAG